GCGGUCGUCGUCGGGGGUGGCGAAGGCAGAGGGGGCGGCGGCAGUGGCGGCAGCGGCGACAGCGGCGACGGCAGCCGUAACAGCGGUGGCUACAGCGUCGCAAGACCUGGGCCGGGGGGAAUGAGGCGGCCGCGGCAGGCCAGCGGCGGAGCCGUAUAGCGGAGUCGCGGCUCCCUCUCCCUGCUUUCCUUGGUGUACCGCGGGCGCGCGCGUGCGCGGCCGUCCGGAACAGGCUCCCCACCCCUCGAUUCCCGCGACCCGCAUCGCACCCCCACCCGGGCCCAGAGGAUGAUGAAGCUCAAGUCGAACCAGACCCGCACCUAUGACGGCGACGGCUACAAGAAGCGGGCCGCGUGCCUGUGUUUCCGCAGUGAGAGCGAGGAGGAGGUGCUGCUCGUGAGCAGUAGUCGCCACCCAGACCGAUGGAUUGUCCCUGGAGGAGGCAUGGAGCCAGAGGAGGAGCCAAGUGUGGCAGCAGUCCGUGAAGUCUGUGAGGAGGCUGGAGUAAAAGGAACGUUGGGAAGAUUAGUUGGAAUUUUUGAGAACCAGGAGAGGAAGCACAGGACAUAUGUCUAUGUGCUCAUUGUCACGGAGGUGCUGGAAGACUGGGAAGACUCAGUUAACAUUGGAAGGAAGAGGGAAUGGUUUAAAAUAGAAGAUGCCGUAAAAGUGCUGCAAUAUCACAAACCUGUGCAGGCGUCAUACUUUGAUACACUGAGGCAAGGCUACUCCGCCAACAACGGCACCCCAGUCGUGGCCACCACGUACUCGGUUUCUUCUCAGACCUCGAUGUCAGGCAUCAGAUGACUGAAGACUUCCUGUAAGAGAUGGAAAUGGGAAACUAGACUGAAGUGCUGAUCCUCCCCCUCACCCUGGCUCUUUCCACCUCUCCUCACAGACCUCCUCUUUGAAUAAGGCAUGAUGGGCAGAGAAAGGGCGUAUUGAUAAUGUUGCUGUUUGGUGUUAAGUCAUGGGGUUUUUUCUUCUCUUUAUAUUCAGGGGUGGGGCGGGUAUGUAAUUUGUAAGUACUUUUGUGCAUGAACUGUCCCUUCCUUUUCUCACCCUUCUAACCCUCUGAAGAGAGGCAAACAGCUUUCCCCACCUUUCAUUCUAAAGUGUUCCUGUUUGUCUCAUCCCAGACCUGGCCAGACAUUUUCUCUGAUUUUUAAUUUUUUUAAUUAAAAGAUACCAAUGUGAGAUGAAACUUUUUAAGAAUUUGUCCUAUAGUGCUGUUCAGUCCAGUAGAUUGGUCACUUUCACUGCAAGAUACAUUUAUCUACACAUUAUAUACUGGAAAUAUAAUAUGUAAAUAAAUGACUUUUAGAAAGAGGAAUUUAACUGUUUAAUUUUUCAAGGUUUUGGGGGGUUUUAUUCUGGAUAUUUCUGGUAUAGAGACCCUCACACUUAAUUUCCAUUUUUGUUUCUGAUGCUACUGCUUAGACAAGUUCCCCUGUCCUCUGUCCAUCCCCUGGCCAUGGUCUGUAGUUAGAUAGGCACAGGAAGAGUUUAGCUCCCAGGGCUCGUGACCUUCUCAUUGCUAAGCUGUGUUUCCCUGCCAAGAAAGAAACAGGAAGAAGCCUAUUUUCUGUUCUAAUACCAAGCCAGGAGCAAUGGCCUCUGCCUAGACCUGGAAAACAGUGAUAGAAACUGAUUUCUGCCCUCAUGUUCACACUAGGGUUUGUACUGGAUACUUGGGAUUACUAUCUCAAAAACUGGAUCCUCAAGCGCUGUUUCUGUCCUGCUGGCUCAGAAUUGUUUCCAUAAUGCUGACUAUUGCCAACAGCACCAUCUCUUCUUAUUCCUGUAUGCCUUCCACCAUGCUGACCUGGAUAGUGCCCUGUACUCUGAAGCAUCCACUGCACUUUGCAGGCUUAGGCCUGUACAGUCCUGUCCCCAUGCUGGGGGACCAUAUGGAAAGGGUGCCUGUCUUACUAGUGUUGCAGCACUUGUGACUGCACCAUGAAGCAUGCUCAGAAAUGUGAACUUGUUUUCCACCAGAAUGUGAAAGGUCAUCUUUUGGAGGCCGCACAGUCAUUUCCUAGAAUGGCUAUGUAAUGCUUUGGCCCACCGCAGACUGUCUUGUUGGUUUUUUGCUGGCCUCAUUUGCCAGUUGUGUUGCUUAGUUGGGAAGGAAGGAAGUCUUGAGACUGGGGAAGGGUGAGGGUUGGGCAGGUGGAUACUGAUGAACCCCUGGCUUAGCACAGGAGAUUGUUACUCUUCUCUUAGUGGCAUCUUCUUUGUCAAAAUAUAGCCAAGAUGUGAAGUUAAAAAUCAUAAGUUCUCUUUAUUUAAAAAAUUCUAAUAAAUACUCAAACUUUGAAAAGCUUUUGCUCUUCCUCCCUCUAAAAGAAAUGUAUGUAUCUGGGAGACCUGAGUCAUUUAGUAUUAAGCAUUUUGGGGGCAUCUAUUGGUAAACUUUAAAUUUUGCUGUCUGUGUUUGGUUUGCAUUCUCUCUCCCAGCUUUUGAAGCCCACAGCCAAAGAACAGUGUGGCAGUUUUCCUAGGAUGCUACUUUACCUCUGGGAAAGGAAUUAUUUCUGAAGUAGGGUCCCAGUGGAUAAAAGCAGCACUGUGGGAUUUGAUUCCAAAUGCCAAAUGUCCUGCUUAAAAACAAACACAUUGCUUCUUGUUUCCUGACUUACAGAAUUCUAAAGUUCUGUCCAAAUAAAUAAAGAGGAAAAUAAAUAAAUUCGACUAAGUACUAAGUAGAAUCCAAAAGACACAUUCUUCCAGAUAAAUUCUAGCCUUAUGCUGUGGAUUAAGUGUGCUUUGCAAGAAAACUGUCAGUUCUUCUGAAGGAGAAGCUGCAUUGCUAGUGACCUGGGCAUUUUUCAGUGAUCUGAAGAUGUUUUGACCAGGCUGGUGUUACAGUAUACCACCCCCAAAAGUCCAGUUUUGAUUGCUGUUGGAGUCUUUGAGUCAAGAAAGUGAACUGUGCCAAGAAAUCCUUUUCAGUGACAUGAAUGAGGCCUGUUAGUGCAGUGAGCUGGAGAGAUUGUGCUGAUGCUUUCUUAACCAACAAAAGAAGGCUUUGUCCAACACUGGGAUUGUUGAAUCUGGUGCUGUUCUCUGCUGUGCUGGGAUUCUGAUGAGUAGGGUUGGUGUUUUUCCUUCCUGGCACCAUAAACACGAUAGCUGUUGUGAGUGAUGUGUAUAGUAGGAGUCCUUUUGUGAUUGAUUUGUUAGGCCCAUGGUUUGCAGCAACCUUUAACUUCCCAAAGAAAGUACAAAAACUACCCUACAUGAAGAAUAUUUCAUUAACUUUGACUUGCCACUAAUUCUUUCAUGCUUGACUCUUCAUGCUUGAUGGAAGCAGGUUCCUAUGCUUAGUCUCUGGCUCACAGUAAGUUUUCGUUGUCCUAGAUUCUGGGUGUUACUGAAAAACAUCCAUUAGAGUCUACCAUACUCAGGAUAGAAAAAAGAUAGCAAUGGAUUUUUUUUUCAUUCUUUUUUUAGCAAUGGAUAUUUUAAAUUAAAAUUUUUUUGAGCUAUAGUACCUGUAAUACUGAGACUUGCGAGGUUGAGGCAGGAGUUGGAGGCCAGCCCAGGCUAUAUAGCAAAAGACCCUGUCUCAAAAAAAAUUUUUUUGUUUUGUUUUGUUUAUAAAUCGCAGCCAUUGGGAGAAACACUAGUGACCAGUGAGCACUAGUGACCAGUGAGGUAAUGUAAUGUUUUUGGACCAGGACUUAAUGUGUGUGUGUGUGUGUGUGUGUGUGUGUGUGUGUGCGCGCGCGCGCGUGUGUGCGUGCGCGUGCGUGUAGAGGGAGAGAGGGAGGGGGGCAAUCCUCACGUGGUAGAGUGCUUGCCUAGUAGGUGCAACUACUUGACUUUAAUCCUUUAAUACCACUCAAAAAAAGGGAGUGGGGGGGCGGAGUACUACUGGACUCAAUUAUAUUAGAUUUUCUGUAGCCUUCUACAAACAUUGUAGCCCAUGAAACAGAAGUCUUGCUUUUUGUAACAAACAUAAUGGUGGGACAGUUAGUGAACUGUUUUGUUUUCACAAGUAUGCUCUGCCCCAUCUGCUUUGCAUGGAGAAGGCCCUGCCUGUACUGAGCCAUCUGGCCAGAUCUUAGGGUAUGGCAGUGUCACCCCUCUGAGGCCACCAAAGGCUUAGAGGCUGACACUGCAGAUUUCUGCCUUGUGCUGCACAGUCCUGUAGAAUAGGGGGGCACUUGAGGCCUUGUUUUCCACAGCCUCUGGGGAGCAGAGUGGGUCACGACAUGGGGAAUAUUUUGCAGUAGUUUUGUAAAUACAGUGGAGUCUCUUGGUGGCAAAGUAUUUUCUGUUUUGAUGUUAGGCUUGCUUAGAAGAAAAAGGUAGCCCUUUGUGGUUUUUAAAAAGAAGGAAAAAGUUCUAUGUGGAAUGACCCCUCCUCUUCCUCCUUUUCACACACAGCACUCAUUGGAGGCUCCUUGUAUAUCUCCUUAACAGAUGAAAUCAGGCUUUUGUCAGACCUGGGUAUGUGUUUUGCACCCUUCUCAUUUCCACGCAGUGCUGUGUUAAUGCCUUUGUUGGAACUUCCAUCUUCAUCUUUUUUAAAAAAUAAAAAUAAAAACAGCUUAGCCUGAGCCACAUUCCCUCUCUUAGUUCACAGAAAGGAUUGAGUGAGUGACCACAUUCUAAAGUCCAUCCUAGUUGAAAUUAGAUUUAGAAUUAGAGACAAUACCUGGAGAAAUGAUUUUUGGUUUAAGAGAAAAAUGGGAGUUGGCUGUAAUUGAAAAUUCAUCUGUCUCAUCUUCAUUUCAGGAAAUAAUCCCCAUCUUUACAGAAGUAGGAGCUGUGCAGGACAGUUACCUCAAGCAGCACGGGGAGGGAUAUUUAGUAGUGAUUAAGUAAUGCAAAUGGCUCUUACAGUUCUUAAUUCUAAGGACUCUAAGUUGCCAUCCUGUUGCCCAGGUAUCGUAAAGGACAGCUCGGUUGUUCCUGUAGCUGUGUGUUAGUGGCUCGGCCUUGCCUCCAUCCAGGCCUCCACAUCAUUUGGAGUGGCUGGGAGAGCACCUCAGAGGUCAACUUUUGAGCUCUCAGAUAAGCUUUAUGAUGGAGACUUCACUAUCAGGAGGGCAGUUUCCCGUGACUCUUUAGGUGCCACCUGAAGCAGUGAGAUGUUUGACAUGUUAGGCUAACAAUUGUAAACUGGAUUUGACUGACUGCAGUCCAUGUCACAACAGCUUCUAGGAGCUCAGGGGUUUCCAACAGACUCUGCUUUGGAGGCCAGCAGCCUUCUACCUCUGCAGCUAACAAGGCAGUUGUACAUUGUAGCCAUGUCUUUGCCUUACUCCCAGAAACUUGUCUUGAGCUGAUAACCCUGCAGGGAUGUGAGACAUCUGAUCAGCAUCUGAGAAAGUGAUACCUUUCACCUUCAGAGUAAUCAAAUAGCUUGUCUCCUCAGUCUUCUUAAAAAUUAAUACAUAAAAAGAGAGAAUCUCACUUUGGGUUGUUUGGGCCAAAUAACCUUGAGCUGAGGCCAACAGUCACAUGAUCUUGGCUGUCUCUCCCCUGCAGCUUUGUUUACAGUGAAGACUUGGUGAGCUUGAGCUUUUCUUAGAAAAUGGGACUGUCCCCCUGGGGAGGAGUACGCUAAGGGAAGCACAUUAACUCAGACCAGAAGGGGCUUUGCUGAAGAGGAAAAUGCUUUAGCCAUAAAAAGUAAGAUUGGUGCUAGAAGGUAAACAGAGUCAUUGCUUAUGUUUUUCUAACUGGCAGUUGUUUACCACUCCAGGUUUUCUGUGGUUUAUGUUGCUAGUUUUGAACCCCAAGACUUACUUGACUUCUUACCAGGCAACAACCAGAAAAGGCAUUUAAAACCCUGAAUAUUGGCUUUCAAGAAUAUGAAGACAACAGCAUUGUCAUUUUUCCAGGUUAUCCCCAUUUGGUGGGCCACCCAUCCUUCACCUCCCCACACUAAGCCAACGUAGGCCAGAUGAAGAACCUAGUAAUCCCUGAGGACAUAUAUUUGAGUAUGGAAUAAUUCUCUACUAAAUUGCUUGUUAUCUGCAGGAGGACCAUUCAUAGAACAUCUUCCCAGUCCAGUCCAGUAGCUCUUCCAGGCCUGAGAAGUGUCCCAACCAGACAUUUUGAUCAAAAUCUUUUAACUCCUUAGGGAAAAAAGCUCCUAAUUCUAGGGCUUAAGAGUCCCCCGUCUGUGGUAUGGGGAAAUCAUUUUGCCAGUGAGAUUGCCUGAAAAUCCCUUCAGGAAAUAAUUCUGAUUUGAGCCUGUCUUCCUGGCACUUUUGUGCCACAUUGAAAUUGAAAGUGUUAACCUACAGCAGCAACGUACCUCUUUCACCUCUUUAUUGUCCCGCUGAGAAAAGGCUUUCCAGUGAUAAACCUUGGUCUUUAACCUCCCUUUGUUAUGGGGGAAAUGUGCCACUAAUACAUGAUCCAAAAGACUAUCUGCUUUACUCAGUCUUUGCAGCUUAACAGACGUGACUGCCAGGGAAGGUGGAGGCUGAUUGUGGAGACGCAGGAACAGGAACUCCUGGAGUUACUGCUCUACACAGCCUUCCCAGGAGCAGGUCUGAGGCUAGGGUUGGCAGAGCUGCAGAGUGCUGAACUAUAGGAGAAACUAGGAGGCCUUUCUCAGAGCAAGAUACUUGUGUCCUCCCAAGAAUGGGAAGACUGUCAGAUGGGAAUGACAGACAUCUAAACUAUAGCUUGCAGACAGAAGCCUCUUCUCUUGUGGCUGUGAGCCUUUUUGCUCAUAAUUUUCCAAGGAAACUCUCCCUUCAAAAAUCUAACUUGCUAAGCCAGGCAUAGUGGGACAUGCCUAUAAUCCCAGGACUUGGGAGGCUGAGGUAAGAGGACUGUGAGUAGCCAACCUGAGUUACAUAGCAAGACUCUAUCUCAAAACAAAAAAAACACUUGCUGUCAGCAUUUGGUUUAGCCUCUGAGAGACAGCUUUGCUCUUCAUCUGUGCAGACAUACCUGUGUUGUUCAGGGUGCAGUACUUGAGGAGCUCGGACCCAGCAGCAUAGUAUGGCAUUAGCUGUUAGAAAGCAGUGUCCAUUUAAUUGUAAAAGAGUGGUUUCUACUCUUACUUCCAUUUUCAACCUGGUUAAUAAUAUAAAAAAAAGUUUGGUGGUUAGAAUAAGUAAUAUUUUAAUUAGUCCAUCGAUCUUAAGAAAAAUGGCUACCAGUUGGCCAUGUGUUUAAGGAAGUCAGAAACAUUGAGAAUGUUGGGAGCUGUUGUAAAAUGAAAGUGAAGCAAGUGUCUUACCUACUCAGGUGUCUCAGAGAGAGGAAGUUAAGCCAGGUAGGAACAUCUUCAUAUUUGCUUUUGCCAGCCUAGCUUUACUUUAAGGACCCCACUUCCAUCCUGUCCAGGACUUCAGUAAGGGAUGGGCUCUGAAGGGGUGGUAGGACCCUCAGCUACAGAGUAAGGCUUCCCCAGAGCUGUAGGCUCUUAAAAGGGGUUUUGUCAACAGGAUCUCCUCUGCUCCACCCAACCACCAUCAGUAUCAGAAAGCUUAACAUACCUGGGACCAUUCCAGUUUUCAGAGAUUAACUAGAUGUGCUCUCACCUCUUGCAGGUAUACCAUUUAGACACAGUCUCAUUGUCUAGGGAACCUUCCGGCAAAGUAGCCAAAAUGUGUUGAGUUUAACUCUUUCCAAAAGACAGAAGUCUUUCUUGUCCCUUCCCCUUAGAACUCAGACAUUUUAGCUGAGACUUAUAUGGCCAAGUCCAGUGAUGUCCCCCGAACUGAGUCAGAGACCUGGGGCCCAUAUAUUCUAAUUGUAGCAAGGGUACAAAAUGGAACAAGCAACAGAAUGGAUCACCUUUGAAGAAGGUGCCAAGAAUAACCCCAGUGGGCUCAGCAGAACUGGGGAAAUCUAAGAAAUGGCACUUGGAGGAAAGGGAAGGUUGGUGUGGU